AUGGUAUUCUUGCGUGGCGAUGUCUACGGCGAACCGGAUCAGACAAUCGACCACCAUGAAGCCAAUAGAAAUGUGGAAAUUGUCGACUGGGAUGGCCCGCGAGACCCAGGGAAUCCAUACAACUGGCCUCUGCGAAAGAAAUGGACGCUAACGAUGCUUGCCGUUUUCGCCACUUUCAUCACGAUGGUGAACGGCACAAUCAUCACUGUUGCACACGCGGUCAUUAAUGAGGAAUUUGGCAUCUCCGAUGCUUCCUUCCCCAAUUCAUAUUGGCCUGUCACGUCGUGGGCUGUGGGCGGCGCCCUCUCGUCGUUUCUCAUCCUACCGCUUAUGGAGGACUUUGGUGUGCGAUAUGUGUUCCUGGGCACUUACUUGAUCUUCAUCUGUUUUGUGAUCCCUCAGGCCCUGGCACAAAAUUUCGCCACGCUGAUCGUCACUCGGUUCUUCGCUGGGAGUUGUGUCGCCAUUCUGGCUAACACUGCUGCCACGAUCAUUGGAAAUCUUUGGGACACAGAGCGGAAUCGCAAUGUGCCCGUCAGCCUGUAUAUUGUGUUUUACUUGGCAGGUGCCAGCAUCGGCCCCGUCAUUGGAGCACCUAUCUUCCAGUAUCUGGGGUGGAGAUGGAUCAGCUAUCUGCAAUUGAUCUGGUAUGGGGCUCUGUUCCCGGUGUAUGCCCUUUUGUUCAAGGAGUGCCGUGGGAUCGCCAUCCUAGGAAAACGUGCAAAGAAAUUGCGCAAGGAAGGACGGAUGGCGUAUACCCAACAUGAAAUUGACGGCGAAGGGACACCGUUGUUGACAAUAGUGAUUCGCAGCUCAUCGCGGCCUCUGCUGAUGUUUUUCACCGAGUCGGUGGUGUUCUUUUCGGCUCUAUGGUCUGCCUUCACCGUUGGCACACUGUACCUGUUCACACAAUCAGUCGAGCAGGUCUUCUCGGGAAUUUAUGGCUGGACACCCGCACAAGCCGGAUACGUACAGGGCGCCAUCGUGAUCGGGGAAUGCCUGGGCUGGGUAGGGACACUAUUCUCUGGAAGUCUCUAUUUCAAUUCUGCAUCCCGAAACAAGGAAGUCCCUGACACCCCAAUUCCGGAGGCGAGAUUGUACCUCGCUAUCGUCGGUGGCGUGUUCGGGAUCUCUGGUGGAAUGUUCACCUACGCUUGGACAUCUUACCCCAAUCUGCCCUGGAUAGCACCUGCUAUCGGCCUCGGCAUGGUCGGGGCGGGCAGUGUGAUCGUUGUGACAGGGAUCUCAGACUACGUUGUGGAUGCAUACAGCAAAUACGCCGGCAGCGCUGUUGGGAUCAUUGUUACUGGAGAGAACACUCUCUCAGCAUUCCUUCCUCUGGCUGCGAUGAGCAUGUACUCCACUCUCGGUUUCAAUUGGGCCAGCACACUACUUGCAUUCAUUGCAUUGGCGCUCUCUCUAGCGCCAAUCUUGUUGAUUGUCUUUGGGCAGAAGAUCCGGGCAAGAAGCCCAUUCAUGAAAGAAGCAAUGCUGGAGAAGAGGCGAAAGAGCGUCGACUCCGUCUAA